AUGCAGAGCUCACAAGCUGCAGACCAGGGAGUCGCAGAUCAAGAGCUGCUCCGAGGCCUGGCCGAAGCCCUCCAAUGCACCACCUGUCAGAUUUCCAUCAAUCCGGCGUCGAUGGCGGACGACAUUGACAAGGGGGCCUACAUCACCAAUCAUUACCCACCCUUCUUCCUCAACAACUACACCAGAGACGAUGACAUCUCGCCGCUCGACACCACCGCCCCAACCGGGGAACCCUCGUUCUGGAAACACAUCACUCCCGAACAGCGGGACCGCUACUACCAGCUUGUCGAACAGGCCUUGAAUCGUAUCCUCGACGAGUCCAAGGACACCGAUCCCGAGGUCGCCAUUCUCUUUGCCCACUAUCAAAUCGACUUUCACAUCCGCCAACACUACCUCUCUCAUCGCGGGGUCCUCUCCUUCUGCCGCAACGCAGAUGACAUGCAACAACUGCGUCACUGGCAAUGGAAGCUCCACGACGUCGAUCACCGCAAACCACUCAACCUCAACCACAGCUGGCCCCAUGGCUGCAAGCACACCGCCUGGCCAGAUGACAAGAAUCUGGAGAUGAUGCACCUCACACUGAUGUGGAAGCGAGCCUGGCCUGCACGACGGAAGCGUGUGGCCGAAGUCCGCGUACGAUGGGCGGCCAUCAUGGAGGAACGGCGGAAACAGCGAGAGAUGCUGCUCCGCAAGCAGAAAGCCAAGGAGACCAUCACGGUUCGGCUCUACUGUCGGGGGGAAUUGAUGGAUGUGCGAGAGCUCAAGCGAAUCCCACAUUCUGAGCCGACGCUUCGGCCAGAUCGGGUGAUGCAGAGCUCGGCCUUUUGA